AUGCUGGACGGGACUGUCGAAGCAGACAAUAAAAAAUGCAACCUCGCUGACGGUCAAGUCGACUCGGACGAUGAUAUCAUCGGAUUCUGGCAUAAACAAGGAUAG